GUUACUUUGGUAUUUAUUCAAUUUGAACUGUAUAUUGCCACUACGACACAAUGAGUGGUGGCAUGCCGGAGCUGGGCUCGAAAAUCAGCCUAAUAUCAAAGGCUGAUAUUCGCUAUGAGGGACGUCUUUAUACUGUGGAUCCUCAGGAAUGCACUAUCGCCUUGUCAAGUGUUCGUUCCUUUGGCACGGAGGAUCGGGAAACGCAAUUCCAAAUUGCACCGCAAAGUCAAAUUUACGACUAUAUUCUAUUUCGCGGAACUGACAUCAAGGAUAUCCGAGUGAUAAACAAUAGCUUGCCUCAUCCAAAUGAUCCGGCUAUUAUGCAAGUACAAUUACCAAAUGGACAACACGUGAUGCCACAUUUAUCAAUGCCAAGUAUGAAUCCACAAGUGCCACCGAUGGGGGCUGUCGGAGCAUAUGGGAACCCUUUCGGUUCAAUGGGCGGUUUGGGUGCGAUUGGAGGUGCUAGUGGUAGUGGUGCUGUUCCGCAAUCUUUAGCACCUGGAGCCGGUGCCCCCGGGCCAUUCAUGAUGGGUAAUCAAUCAGUGCCACCACAACAGAAGUUACCGCAAGGACAACAAUCGCAAGUGCAACAGCAGCAAAAGCAACCAAUUUCCGUCAUAGACAUGCUAGCUGGAGCUUCGCGGUCGACCACACCCAUCAGCUUGAUAUCGCGUAAGAGUCCUUCGGCCGAUAUUGGCGUACAGGUAAACCAACAACAACAGGCCCAUCAACAACACAACCACAAUAAUCAAAAUCAACAACAAGGAGGAGGUCAUCAUCAUCCGAAUCAACAUCAAAAUAAUGCUGGCCAUGGUGGUCAGUCGCGUGAUGCUGGACACAAGCGACCAAAUUAUCAAAAUCAACGUAACGGAGGCGGCGGUGGUAAUAACCAACGUAACAAUGGCCGUGAUCGCCGUGAUUCGGGUCGUAUGAUGGACAACUAUCAUAACAAUCACGAUGGAGGCGGACGUAAUUCGUACAAUCAACGUGGCAACAACCAGGGCAAUCAGAACCGAAACAAUUGGAAUAUGCAUCGUGGUAACAUGCCUAAUAAUAUGCGUAACAAUCGCGGCAUGCGUUCUCAAGUGGUCGGCUUCAGAUCAACAAGUGGUCCUGGUGGCAUGCAAAAACCUUCACGUAAUCCAAUUAAGUUUGAGCAGGACUUUGAUUUCGAACAAGCGAACAACAAAUUCGAAGAGCUACGCUCCCAAUUGUCGAAACUAAAGGUGGGCGAUGAACCCAAAUCCGAGCAGUGUUCUUCGCCUACUCCUACUACUUCGCAGAUGAACGGUGAAACUGAUAAAAAAGAUGAUUCUGGCAAUGAGACGGGCGCUGGUGAUCACGAGCCCGAGGAAGAAGAGAUCACUGUGGGCUAUGAUAAGACUAAAUCAUUUUUUGAUAACAUUUCUUGUGAAACGGCCCAAGAUCGUGCUAAGAAUAAAAAUUAUGAUUGGCGUCAGGAACGCAAACUGAAUAGUGAGACCUUUGGUGUUUCAUCUACAAGGCGUGGAGGAUAUCGAGGUCGUGGUAAUAGUUAUUACAGCCGUAAUGCUGGCAACUACAACGGUGGUGGUGGUGGUGGCGGCGGUUAUAAUCGUGGAUACCGCGGCAACAAUAACUACCGCAAUCGCAGCAAUAAUCGCAACAAGAUGCAUAACCGAGAUGGCAAUAAUGCGAAUGGCAACAUUAAUGCUCCCAAUAGCAAUACAAAUAAUCCUGCAGGUGGGACUAACGAUGCAGCAGCUAACUUGAAAAACCAAGCACAACAGCCAUCGACACCGAGCUCAUCAUCCAUUGCCAACACCAAUACAGCGUCUUCAUCGAAAGCGGUGUCGUCAGCAUUAGCAGAUACUAAAAAUCAACCCCAAAUGGCUGCAGUCGGCGCAGGUCAAUAAUCCUUGAUUGAUCCUUCGAAGAGAUCCCAC